AUGCAUCGAUUGCGUCAUGUAGAUGUUAAGCAAAUCGAGUUGCUGAGGUAUGCAUCGGCCACUUUAGGAAGUGGAAAUUUGCGUGAGGCUGUAAAAUUACCACAGGGCGAAGAUCCCAACGAAUGGAUCGCUGUAAAUGGUACGUACACUUAUGUUGAUGGUCAGGAAUCCUUAUUAGGGGAUGUAGUAUUACGAUUUCCAAUGUGUGCGGGUCCGAAAUAUGAGUACGUCUGGUUGGAUGGUAGGAAAACAAUUGUAUGUCCAGCGCCUGUGUAUAUCGAUUAUUUGAUGACUUGGGUGCACGAGCAGUUAGAUGACGAGAAUAUCUUCCCUUCUCAGAUUGGACAGCCUUUCCCACCAAAUUUCUUGCAUAUCGCACAAGCGGUUGUGAAACGACUAUUUCGAGUGUAUGCUCACGUGUAUCAUCAACAUCUCGGACUUAUUGGUAUAUGCUUUCGAUUCUUCCUUUACUCGGAAUUCGUGAAGUCGUUCAUCGUUUAUAAAUUGGGUUGUAUUUACAGCUUCUACGAAGCUUGCAAAAAACAACUUAAUGCAGUAGAGCAUUUAAAUACCAGCUUCAAACAUUUCAUGCUUUUUAUACAAGAAUUUGACUUGAUUGAUUCAAAACAGCUGGCACCUCUGCAAAGCUUCAUUGACCGACUUACUCUGGAUGAGAAUUCGACAGUGCUAUGA